AUGUCGAAUAAGAAAAAGAAACGAACAUCUAGCAUGUUUGAUUUCGACAACGUUAAAGCGAGCGUCCAAGAGAAAGCAUGCCGAACUCAUCACGUGCGUCAGGUAUUAAACGACCUUCGCAACGUUAACAUUAAUGAUAUUGUGUCAAAUGAUAUUGAUCUUGGCGAAGACGAAAUUCUUGCUCUAAUGACGACCAAAAUUUCUAUACAAGCAGUGAAUAAUCUGCGUAAGACGCUGCAACAUGUGCCUGCUAACAUCACUCGUGUCACUGAAACACCGAUGCGAUCGUCAAUGAUUUACGAAGUGUUUAAAAGCCUACGUUCAGCAAACCUUUCAAUGGAAGAAAUAGAAACAUACAGUAAAAUACUUGAAUCUCGAUGCCCGGUGUUUAUGUCCAUAAAUGAUCCGAUUACCGAUAUCGAUUUUUCGAGUGAUAAAGAUUUGUUGGUCAAGUAUCUUACUCCACCGGUGUCUGUUUGCAUGCGAUGCGAUAAACGAUUGUCUAUGAGAAACAACCCAUCAAGAGCGGUGUUAUUUACGUUGCGCGGACCUGUUCGGUGUGCGAAAGUAACUUUGGAAUGCAGAGACUGCUCAACUCGUUAUGGUGUGUGUAACUACACAGACAAAUGUGGCACCCGAUUUUAUCCCCAGGAUUUUGACAUUGACUUGAUUGAAGUAAGCAAUGUUACCUACCUACGCCCAGAUCUUUACCAAUGGAUGCCUUCUCUCAGGUAAGACAUAAACAAAGCUUAUUUUAAUACCCUGUAAUUUUAAUACCCUGUAAUUUUAAUACCCUGUAAUUUUAAUACCCUGUAAUUUUAAUACCCUGUAAUUUUAAUACCCUGUAAUUUGUGAAUUUGAAUUCCGAAAUCAUUAAAUAAACAGUGAGACAAUUCAGACAAACAGUUAAAAUUAUACAGCAGAUUUUGAUUUACAGUAUGCACCAUAUAAACAGAGACAUAACUAUAGAGAUAAGUAAAACAAUUACAAAUUUUCGUUUUCAACACUCUUCAGAAAGGUAAUUUAUGAGAGAGAUCAUUGUUAUUGUUUACAUAUAUGAAAUUAAACAAUAAAACUAGUAGCUAAGUUCUGUUUUGAUAUACUAGCCUGUGUGCAGUCCCAGACUUCUAGGCUAUAUACUAGCAGGUUUUGAUCAAUUGCAGUAACAAAAUGCUAUAUGCUAUUGCUAUGUGCAUUGUAUCACGAAAGUUUAUUCUACAUUAAUUAGGUUAAAUGUUAUUAUGUUAGGGGGUGAUUACAUGGAGAGUUUUCAGCCCGGCCUAAAGAUAAAAUCCUAGUAAAACACAGUAAGCGAUUACAUGACCAAAAUUCCUGCCCGGUUUGAGCUGCCCGGGCUGAAAUAUGGCUGGUUAUAAAAUAUAAUAAUAAAAUAUAAUAUAAACUAAAAUUUAAUACAAACUGGGACAAUUGCUACUCUUCAUUAAGCGAUUACGUGACCAAAAUUCUAGCCCGGUUUGAGAUGCCCGGGCUGAAAUAUGGCUGGUUAUAAAAUAUAAUAAUAAAAUAUAAUAUAAACUAAAAUUUAAUACAAACUGGGACAAUUGCUACUCUUCAUUCGGUUGGUCAUCUCUGUGCUUGAGACUGAAUUAGAAUAUUAUAUAAUCCAUAUUAAUUUCAUCCAUCUCACCCAUAUUCAAAUUAUAUCAUAUUGUAGUAAAUGUUAAUUAUACAUACAGUAAAUUUGUCAAUUGUUUGUUACACUUGGGGGCUAUUUACAUGGAUUCCGGGCUGGCCUAGCAAGUCAGUGAAACAGUCGGUCAGCAAGAUCUCACCCUUUGUGUUAUGUCAACAAACAGGCUGGACCAGUUCCCAAUACCCCACUAAGGGCAACUAACACUGAUGAGAAAUAAAACUGGAGAAUGAACAUCUCAAAAUUGUAUUUCAUCUCACUAAUUAUGGGACAUGUUUGCCAAGUGUGUGGUUGGUAACAAUUUUCAGAUGUUUUCAUCCAGAAUUCUUUUUUUAGUAACCAUUGUUGGGUAAGCUUUAGUGGCUUUGCUGAAGCUUAUAACGAGAUAAAUGAAAAUCAAAUUAAAAAGUAUGCUCAGUCAUUGAAAGGUAGGUUUUUAUAAGGUUUUUAUAAAAGAGAAACCGAGCAAUUUAAUAUGUAUUUGUGACAUACUGUAAAUUUAUAAAAUGCAUGUCUACGCAGUUUUAAUGAUUUUUCAGAUGCAUCUGUGUUGGAUGAAGACAUGGAUGAUAGCAACAAAGGUAAUUUAUCAGACCCACCAAGGGGUGUGACAGACAGAUGAUACUGCCUUAACUGGAGACAUUGUCAAAUUUUGUGGUUAACCCAUUAAGCUCCAGAGCUUCCCCAUUGACAAGUAAAAUUGUCUGGCAUUUGUCAAAAAAAAAUAUAAGUAGGGCACACUGGGGUGCAUUGCCAGUUAAUGGGUUAAAAACAGGUGACACAGUCUUCAAAUUUUUGUUGUGGCUCAAAAUCGAAAGUGACAUUUAUUACCCCCCUUGGUGGGCCUCAUUUAUACAGAUUGGCUGGGGACAGUGGGCCUGAGCUUUUCCAGUGAAUGUUGCACUGCUUGGAACUAAGUGUGCAAUAUAACCAUAUAAUAAGAAUUAGGGUAUAAUAUAUUUUUAGGUUUUUCAGAAUAAACUCUGUUAGCCUUAAUCAUGCAAUUAAGGCAAUUCACAUAGCUUAUAAGCCAAACUUAAUUUGACUGGGGGCUUCAGAGGGUGGUGUGUUAAAUUUAGUGUUGAUCUAGGUAUAGAAAAACCAUAAGCUGUAUUGGACUUGUACAAUAUAGUAAAUAAGCUUGGUCAGAUUUUAAAACUGAAAGAUUAGAACUGUAAUACUGAAUAUUCCCUUUUUUGUUUGUCAAAUAGGUUGUUCUGCCAUAUUAGACACAUGCAAUUUACAACAUCCCCUUACUGAUCAUGUUCUGUCUGGCUACUCUGUUUUAUAUAAAUAAAUACAAAGCCCAGUCGAAUUGUAUUCACGACCCAACGUUUCGACACUCCAGUCUAGUGUCUUUAUCAGGGGUGAUCUAAAGUUGCAAAGUGGCUUCUUACAUGUAUAUACCCAAAGGAUGACGUCAUCUGCCAAUAAGAUGCAUGUAUUCUUCUGGCAAAUCAGCACAAAGCACAAUUACUCAUAUUUAUAUGCCACGCUUCUAAGCAAUGUCUUUGGCCAUAGCGAUUGUUUGUGGUACUGCGAUUUCCAGUUGAGCAUGGAAUCGCGAAAGUUUGUUCGUUAAGUUUUGUCAUUUGAAAACAAUGUUUGUGACGUUAUUCUAUAAUGUUGCUAGGCGAGCUGACAAUGUUGUCAAGUAAAAUGUUGUGAAGUUCACGACUAUAAAUAGAAACUUAUUUUGUUUUGUAAUGAUUGACAGUUUUUAACGGUUUUUACUUGACAACAUUGUGUGCUUGCCUGGUAACAUUAUAGAAUGAUGUCACAAACAUUGUUUUCAAACGACAAAAGUUAACAAACAAACUCUACAAACAAACUUUUGCAAUUCCACGCUCAACUGGAAAUCGCAGUAAUUACUUUAGAAUUUUCCCACGCAUUCUCGUGUUUGGUAUCACACACAUGCUCUGCUAAAGCGGAUUUGCCAGAAGAAUACAUGCAUCUCAUUGGCAGGUGAUGUCAUCCCUUGGGUAUAUAAGAAGCCACUUUGCAACUUUAGAUCACCCCUGAUAAAGACACUAGACUGGAGUGUCGAAAGUUCUUGAAACGUUGGGUCGUGAAUACAAUUCGACUGGGCUUUGUAUUUAUUUAUAUAAACCAGAGUAGCGAGACAAAACAUGAUUAACAUACCUGGAUGCUGUGAACGAACAAACUUUAAAUCCCCUUACUGUGUUUUUUUCAUUUUGACAAAUCAGUUUCAAAUUUUUAAAGUCAUCAUCAUUUACUACAAAUACAGUCCACAGAGUCACCAUUUUUUUAUUUCCAAUUCCAGGCAUUUUACCUGGCGAGAUGUCAGCUAAAGUAGUUGCAAAUGCAUUUUGGAAACGGGAAGCUGAACUGGAACUGCUCUCUCAUGGUCUACGUGAAACUUGGAUUUUUAUGGAGAAGAAAAGUGGACCAUAUACUGGUACAACUGAUGACAUAAUGGAGUAUAUUGACAAAAAACGCUCGGUUGAGCAGUAUUCCCAUGAUUGUUCAGCUCACUGCAAAGAGAAAGGUAAGCUAUCUUUCCAUACCAGUAAAAUUGUGAGAGUGAAUUAUGGUAUCAAAUAACUUUUGAAAUGUUUAUGCUGAAAUCAUAUGAAACAAAAAAACACUUGCUAUACCUAGUCUGUAUAAAUGACCAGUCAGCCUUUAACCUUUCAAUCAAUGUAGGUGUUAGUGAAAGCACAUUUUCUUUUAUGGCACUAUAGUUUUGAUGUUAAGUUUCUUAUAGAAAUUUAAGGUCCUAACUCUAGGUGGGUAUUACAAGAUACAGUAUUACACUGCACCCAAUUAAGCUGGAAUGCACCUAUGUGUGUCCUACUUUAUUUUGUCUAACACCACAGAGUAUUUUACUUUUCAGGGGAGAGUCUGUCACACUAGUGCAUGUGGGUUAUUUAUUAAAAUUACCUGCCAAUGUGUCUUGUUAAGGUUGUAGCUGUAUCAGAAUGCCUUUGCAAAAUAUAAUAAAAUUAAUUGGACAUUUGAUUUUUUUGUUUUGCCAAAUAGCUAAUUGCUCAGACACAUAAUCCAUGUAAAAACAGUUAUUUUUUUAAUAUAGGAUGUGGUCAGCUUUAUGUUGCCGAUGGAAAUUGGAAACUUCGAUAUGCACAUUGUAUGUGGAAAGUUCCAAUUGAAGUCUCUGGGUUUGGAAAAAUUAACUAUCCAAAUAUCUGCCCCCUAUCACCGAAGAGAGGUCAUGCAUUUUGUGACAAGCAUUGCGAGAAUGCUACAUCACUUGGAUAUCCAACAAUGCUGAGAGAGUUUUUAAAGACAUGUGGCAUCACAGAUAGAAAUAUUGAAGAAGGUUGGUAUAAACCUAUAAAAUUAACCCAUUAAGCUCCAGAGCUUCCCCAUUGACAAGUAAAAUCGUCUGGCGUUUGUCAAAAAAAAAUAUAAGUAGGGCGCAUUGCCAGUUAAUGGGUUAACUAGAGACAUUGUCAAAUUUUGUGGUUAACUAGAGACAUUGUCAAAUUUUGUGGUUAAUAUCAUGUUUUGUAAUUUAACCCAUUUACUGGCAGCACUCUAUCACUGACGAGUAAAAACGUCUGGCGUUAGACAGAGUAAAUACUAAAGUAGGGUGCAUUGUCAGUUAAUGGGUUAAUAAGAGACACUGGCAGAUAGGUUUGUUAACCCAUUUACUGGCCGCACUCUACCACUGACAAGUAAAAUCGUCUGGAGUUAGACAGAGUAAAUACUAAAGUAGGGUGCAUUUGGGUGCAUUGCCAGUUAAUGGGUUAUUAAACUAUCAAUGUUAAGUAUUGGUUGCAUGUAAUAAAUUGCAAUAUUUUUACAAUUGUGAUUUCAGCCUUGAGUGAGAUGUCUUCACAACCUCAUUUGUCAGGUAGGUUUUUCAAACACCGCGGAAAAACGUCUGUCCAUGCGCCAAAUUAUGAAUAUAUGGCUUUUUGCCGCCAUUUUGAGCCUUCGGAAACGUUCGGAACAGCUUCUCAUCAAGUUCGCAAUACAUUUAUAGGCAACGUUGACGCAUGCGCAGACGUUUUCCGCGGUGUUGGUUUUUCAUGUUUUCCUACGUAUUGAUAUAAUGUGCUUUGAGGCUAUGUAACAUUAGUAAUGUGCUUUAUUUAUUAUAUUUGUUAAUUUAAAGUGCCUAUGCGACUUAUUUUUUUAUGACUGAAUUGCAAAGUUCAUAAGUUAAAAUCAUAAUAUAUCUUGUUUUCUAAAAACUUUGUUAUCUUUCAUGUAUGUCAAGAUUUUCGACUUUGUUUGAUAUACAAAUGUGACUUAAAUGACGUCACACUGCAUAAUGUAUUGUACUGGGGCCGGUUGUAUAAAACUCUUAAUCACUUUUUUAAUCACUAUUUUGUAGUUAAAUAGUGAUUAACUCUCAAAUACGCGCUUCUUAUUGGAUGACGUUUCCACUAACUAUAGUUAACUUUAAUCACUUUUUUAUACAACCAGCCCCAGAAGACUGUUUUUUAGCUUGAUAAAAUUGUCAUUAACUCAAAUUUGCAGACGAAAUGAUAGCUUUGAUAGUUCUUAAAGUAUAUCACUUUCAAUGUCAGUGGAAUUAUCACAUGUUUGGCAAGGAAACGUUUUCUUUCUGAAAACUCAUUAUGCAGUGUGACGUCAUUUAAGUCACAUUUGUAUAUCAAACAAAGUCAAAAAUCUUGACAUAGAGGAAUGAAAGAUAACAAAAUUUUAGAAAACAAGUUAUAUUAUGAUUUUAAAUGAACUUUGCAAUUCAAUCAUAAAAAAAUAAGUUGCAUAUUAGGCACUUUAAGGAGGAGCCAGAGCUUGUCCAUGGGCUAGUUAUUGUGUGACAGUUUUACUUUGCGUGUAGUAUUAAUUAAACCAUGCAAUUCUUUUUAGAGUCAUCUUUUGAAGCCAUAAACAGUGGCCUUGAUAAAAUUUCGCAAGUCAGCAAAAUUGGAAAUUCUCCUAAUGCAUCAACUUUUCAAGGUAAAUUUGGUGAUAUUGUGCCAUAUACAAUGGAAACUUGUUAUAACAGUGAUUUUAGUUGCGUUUUUUUUUCUGUUGUUACUCUCCGGUCUGUCAGUGAAUAUAACUGUAGCCAAAAAAUUAAGCACCUGAGUUCAAGACCACAGACACAACAUAUGGUGAUUUUAGAUGUUUAUUUUACAUGUGUGUUAACCCUUUAAGUGGCAAUGCGCCAGACUUUACUAUUACACUCUGUCUAUUACCAGAUGAUUUUACUCAUCAAGGGGAGAGUGCUGCCAUUCAAUGGAUCAACUUUCUGUAUAUUAGCUAAUAAAGUUGUGCAUUUCACUUGCUAUAAUCAAUUAAAUCUGUAUUAUUGUAUUUAUCGAUGACACUGCAGAAACUAUUACCACCCCUGUUCACCAACUGCAUGGGCCAGGCUACUCCUAAAUAGUCAAUCUUAUCCUAUUAAAUCUUUUCAAAACAACUAACAAAAGAUAAUGCUUGUGUAGGAACUUCUGAUUUCCUUUUGCAAAAUCCUGAGUUUGUUGAAAAUCAAGAGGUGCAAGGUGAUAUGGUUUGCAAUAAAGAUACUGGGGGCCUGAAGACAUUACAGUGUUGGUCUCGAGGAAUCUUUUUUAUAGUCAGUGCUGGAGGCCAUAUUGAAUACUGGCAGCCAUUGUACAGGUAUUUUAUAAACCAUAUUUCUGCUACAUUGCUAACUAUUUCUCACGAAAGUUAUUAUUUAGUACCUCCUUCCAAUCUAUUUCCAGCUUUUGUAUAAAAUUAAUCAAACAAAUUCCUGAGAAAUACAUAUUAAAAUUUGAGAUUAUUAUUCUGAAAUUGAUAUUUCAACUUUAUGUCAAAGCCUUCUUCAGCUGGACUGCAUCCCUUUGGAAUAUGUUUUGUACUUCAUUGGCUUGGAUACUUGUUUGGUUUGGGUAAUUACAAAAAUAAUUGUGUUAAGUUUAUUUUAGGUCAGAAUCUCCCACUCAGGCAUACCUCAUAACUGUUCUGUGGCUUUAUGGUAAAUUUAAAGACUUAAAGGAUGCAGGAUAUAGUGAAGACGAAAUUAUUCAAGCCAUGUCAUCAGUCGUUCUGGCAUAUGACAAUAUGUGUCAUUUGGAUGGACUAUUAGUUUCAAAGAAAAAUCUCCCCUUCCCAAAGCCUUUUGACCAAGCGUGGAAAUGUAUUGGCAAAGUAAUUGAUCGAUUACACAUUCGAAAUCACGUGGACCCAAAGUGCCAGCUGCAGUAUAAUGCUGACGAUAAAGUACCAAGUCAUUUCAACACCAUGGCAUGUGAGCAAACUUUUAUUUGGGCCAGUCGAUUAAAGAAAGUUAUGUGUGCUAUGCCGCACAUUCAUCAGUUUUUUUUUCUACAUAGACUUGUUAAGUACAGAAACGCCUAUACUGAGAAAUGCCAUAAGCAACGCAAAACACCAGUUUUGCCCAAAAAAUAA